UUUCAUCAUGUUUCCCUUCAUGGUGCCCAUCUUCCUUGUGUUUGUUGUGAUAAUGUCAGAGACACAAACUUCUGAACUCACCAGCCCAGGAUGUCACCUUCAUCCAUUUAAUGUCACCAUAAGGAGUGACCGUAAAGGGACAUGCAGAGGAACACAAGUCAUCCAUGCCUGUGUGGGUUACUGUGAAUCCAGUGCUUUUCCGUCCAAAUAUUCAGUGUUGGUAGCAAGUGGAUUUAAACGUAAUAUAACAUCUGUAUCACAGUGCUGCACCAUCAGCAAAAUCCAGAAGGUCAAGGUUCGUUUGCUCUGUACUGGUUCACGUUGGGAAGAGAUAGAAAUUGGUACUGCAAAGUCCUGCCAAUGUGACAUGUGCCGCCUGUCAAGAUAUUGAGCAGAGUGUGCUCUGCUACACUGCUGUGAGACCCGUAGUCCGGAACACUUGCUCUGUGUAGGCAGCAGCAGUGCCUGCUUGCUCUAUAAUUUACUGUUGGCAACUAUUUUUUAAACGCAGUAGUAUGGCUUUAACUCUUGCAGUAUACACACCAGUAUACUAUGAAGCAUAUAUAGUGCAUGGAGUGUGUAUAUGCACAGGGUAGCUCUAUGACUGGUAAAUUAUGCACAGCAGCAGAGCCAGUCUCCCCCUAAAAACAUUACAUCACAUGGAAGCUACUUUUAAGUACUUGAAAAACUAGUCUUCCUAACCCCAACAUAUUUAUCCCUUAUUUAUAAGUAAAAUUUUGUAAUUAUAUUUAUACGCGCUACUGUUGGAAAGUUUGGUGUCACUUCACGCUGUGCUACUUAAUUACAAAGGGGUUUUCCAAUGAUCAAUUAGCCUUUUAAACUUAAACUUGGAUUAGCAAAC